UCGGCAGCGUAGUUAUUACACAAGGGAAUAAGUGUCGUGCGAAAUUAGCUGUCAGUGUAAAAAUUUUCAGAAACGCUAACGUAUUAUAUUUUGGAUUCGUUGUUUGUAUUUUUGAGAUAGUAUGAGGUGGCAGGAGUGUGUUGGAGUCCGAAUGUGGGCACAGGUGCAGCUUCGGCACACGGGCUGCUGUGGACAGGCUGCGAGACGGCGGGGCUGAUGGCCGGCCUGGACCGGAGCCUGACCGCCGUGGACUGGCUGCCGCGGUUGAGCGCGGCUGCCGCUGCGGGCACUGGCCCCACCACUCCGCCUCCCGUGGGGGGCGGCGGCACAGAGGCCGAUGGGGCUGCCGAAGAUGGGGUGGAGGGGACAGUGUGCACACCUCCCGGCAUCACGAGAGCUAAGGAUGGCAAGCCACCUCUCAGCUAUGCGAAGUUGAUUCACCUUGCAAUCAGCAAUGCUCCCAAAGGGAAAAUGACUCUUUCCGAGAUUUAUCAGUUCAUCAUACAGCAGUUUCCAUACUAUCGAGAUGCAGGUACAGGGUGGAAGAAUUCGAUACGUCACAACCUGUCACUGAACAAAUGUUUCACAAAAGUAGCUCGCUCAAAGGACGAUCCGGGGAAAGGUAGCUACUGGCGUAUUGAUUAUUCUUCUAGCCGAGAGGAAUCUUUCACCAAGAAGAAGAAAAGCACUCAGGCAGUUAAGGCAGCAGUCCCGUAUAGCCCAGAGUGUGGCAGCAAUGGGAGCGGGGGCAGUGACCUGAGCAACUGCGUGUACACAGCUGGCCCUGUCGCCCCAACAGUGUCGUCCACGCCAUCCAUACCCGGUUGGCAGGUAGCAGAUGCCACUGCCAUUCACGGCUACUCUGCAGACCUCUCUGGCAGCAGCAACUCGGCAUUUGCAGAGGGUGAGAGUGCCCUGGAGCUGGCAGAUGCAGCGGAGUUGUCGGCCGUGCUGACAGGGCUUCUCUCGGAGUACCAGUACCUGGAUGAGUCCUGCUCUUAUCCUGCAGCACCAUCGGCACCACCCUCUGCCUCCAAUGACUUGUAUGUGCGUUACGGUGCGACUCCCACUACGCUUGAGGCCAGUGGCUGCUAUACUGGCACCCAGGUAACUGCAGGCCUCGACUAUGAUUACGUGCAACAGCAACAACAACAACAGCAACAACAGCAGCAGCAGCAGCAGCAGCAGCAGCACCAGCAACAGGAGCAGCAGCAGCAGCAGCAGCAGCAGGAACACCAACACCAUCAACAGCAGCAACAAGAGAAUCAGCAACAGCAUCUGGAUCAUCAGCAGGGUGCAGAGGCCGAUCAGCUCAUGUUCAGGUGCCAGUAUUCACAGCAGCAGGACUCGGACUCAGAUGUGGGGGACACUUUUGAUUGGGACCGUUUGCUGUAGUGGGGGCUAACAGUUAUCAGCUCGCAGGGAGGAGGAGACUGGUAUCUUUGGUGGGGCUCUGUGGAUCCUCUCCGUAACUGUGUAGUCAGUCGAGACUGUGGCCUCAGUGUGCGAGCAAAAAUAAUUAUGUAAAACCCCUCAUAAUUUGUGCCAUUUUUCUCCUCUCUCAUAUUGUUCUGUGGCACUCUGACCACAGUUCAUUUCCUCUUAUGUGCCUCUGUGAUUGUUAGAACUGUUAUGAGAGAAAAAUAAUUAUAUGGCUGAUUAUUAUCAUCAGUACAAUAUUUGGUACGUUUCAGCUUUAUGCCUUGGUAUUUCUUUGUUUUCUGGAACUGGGGAGCAUAUCUUGUUCUUCCUUUGUCGCAGUACACAUUUUUUAUAAAAAUAAACAAAUACAGAAUAAUAAACUCUAAGAAAUUUUAUGGUUGCUCAGUAUAUUACUGCUGUAACAAUAACUGCCUAGGCGAUCCGCUCCAGUGUUGUGUGCCAUUAUAGACAUUACAGCUGUAGGAGUACUUUGAGAAACAAAGACAUGUGUCAAGGAACUGUACAGCUAUUUUUAAUUUCUUUAUUUUUCAAUGAAAAGUGCUUAUCUAAUGCAUCAGAAGAUUCUGCAUAAAGUCAAUUUGAUGGAUUUAUUUGCAUACAUGAAUGUAGAGGAUAUUGUGGUUGUAAAAAACUAGAUGAGCUACACAAGUAUAGGUUAGACUUCAAAAUCUCUCUCUCUCUCUCUCUCUCUCUCUCUCUCUCUCUCUUUCUGUCACUCACUCUCUCUCUCUCUCUUUCUCUUUCUUUCUUCUCUCCCUCUGCCUCCCUCCCUCCAUAACCCUACCACCACACAAAGCCCAACACAUACACCUACUGUGACUUAUCACCUAUCUACUCCUUCAUCUUCACACACAUUUGUUUAAAAUGAAAAGUGACCAUAUGAAGUAAUUUAGUAUACAUUUUGUAACGUAUCAUUACUUGAAUGUGUAACAGAUGCACAAGAGAUCAUUUUGCCCCAUAUAAGACAGAUUAGCAGUUGCAUUGAUAACUGAUAGUAAUACAUCGCUUCAUUAGUUGCAGUAGUAAUUUGUGAAAUACCAGCUACUAUUUAAAUUCACAUUUUGUGCUGCUGCAAAAUUUGCUUUAGUGACAGACUGAUCUGCUGUGUACAUUGCAGAAUGUGGUGGGCAUCCACAAAGGACAAAGAAAAUUG